UUUUAAUUCCCUCUUCCUUUGUUCACUCGGUAGACUGCUCUGUACAUUCUCUACAUUCGCUCUCUGUGUUAAGAGACCAUUCGUUUCACUACCCAGUCAUUCUUUUACAUUGCGAAUAGAUUUCGCAUCCCACUCUCGUUACUUGACUAGCGCAGUCUCCCUCUGAAGAGAAGGAAACACACAAAAAAUCUCAAUAUCAAAAUCCAUAUCUAUCGAUAUUAAAGACAUUGACUGUCAUCGUACAACUUCAACAAAAUGCAAUUGAACAACAAGAUCUCCGUCGCUCUGUUGGCCGCUCUGGCUGCUGGUUCUGAGGCCAGCCAUGCCCGCAACCACAAGCUCUUCCAUGCCAGGAACGUCAACUCGACGGUGUCCACCUCAUCGGUGUUUGUCUACCCGACCCCGUUGUUGACCCCCAGCUCUUCCGUGCCUGCCUCGUCUUCUCCUGCUGGUUCUUCCCCCGUUGCUUCUUCGGCUGCCGGAUCUUCCUCCAUCGCCGCCUCUUCAACCUCGGAUGCCAGCUCGUCUGUCAUUACCCAGGCUCCCCCUCUCAGCACCGGUGUCCCUGGAUCCUCUGGCGCCGGCAAUGACAACACUGGAUCGGCCACUGAUAUCACCAUCACUUAUACCCUCGGUACUGGUACUACUAAGAGUGUUGUCACGACAACUAUCCACAAGACCGCCACUAAUACCGAGACCAUCUACACUAAGAGCCCUGCUGUUCCUUCUGCCGGUAGCGAGGAGCAGACCACUACUCUCCACUCCACGUCUACUUCUACCCUCACCGUUGUAGAUGUUCCUACUUCUUCUGCUGCACCUGGCAACGCUGGCAACGACGGUAGCGAGGCUUGUACCGGACAGGCCACCGUCACCGUUACUGCCACUGUCACCGAGACCGUCACUGGGGCUCCUAGCGCUACUGCUAAGCCCGGUGAUGACUACACCAAGCCCCAUGACCAGGACCACCAGGAGAAGCCUGGAAACUCUGGAAAGCCUGGCAAGAACAGCGGUAACAACGACGAGGAUGAGAAUGACCAGGGCGAGAACAACAACAACAACAACGACGACAACGACGGUGCUGAGAGCACCAAGGCUCCUCUCCCUGUCCCUACCCACACUGGACGUCCUCCGUUCGGCAACGGCACCCUCCCUAUUACUACCAGCGGCGUCGCCAAGCCCACUGGCUUCUUGACCAGCAGCAAGCACGCUUUCCCCACCAACUUCCGUCGCUCUCAUUAAACCAAUGGAUCGCACGACGACCUCACUGGUCCCCAGAGCAUGGAUAUGACCGUCUGUAACUAAAGAUUUCAUUUCGUGGCGAACCGCGCGCUGGCACUAUACCUUAUGAGGGAGAUGCUGUUUUACUUCUGGUACAAACUUGAUUUAGACAUUCUUACAUACCUUUCUUCACCUAUCUGGCAGGGCAACCUGACCGGUGGUUCUUCGCUUCUUGCAAAUGGGAUCGAGCAGGUCCUACUUUAACCAACAAAGCUUUCUUCUUUUCUACCUUCUGUCUCUCCCCUCGUGGUGCACUUUCUUGAAAUCUUUGUAUAUCGGAAUGGCCCUCUACGGUCCACUGGGGUUACGGUCAAACAACACAAAGGGGACACCAGUGAGAAGGGGAAAGUCGUAUGCCGGAGUUGGGUCUGUACAAAAGAUUCUUUGGCCGACUACGGGAGUAAGACGUCUGAACCAACCUGCGACGCCAAAAAAGAAACAUGAUGAACUCUAUGGAUAUGGAUAUGAGAGCGAAUUAUUCCGAUAUGUAUCUCCUCUAUGACAGAAAUCCACAGGCUUGGGUUAAGUUUACA